GAUGAAGAGGAAGCUCAGUCCUCUCAUCUUCAUCAAAGACAAACUGAACAGAUGGAAACAGAAGCUGAUGGAGAGAAUUCUGGAAGACCAGAACCAGGUGGCGGAGAACCGGACUUGGUGGAGGAUUUACUGACAAGGCCUUUCUCACGGAGGACGUUUCAGGAAAAGCGGGAAAUCUUAACAAAGGGCCGCCCAACCCCACAUCUAGCAGCCUUGACCAAGCAAGUAAAAUCAUGUGUGCGUCACUUUCAGUCCACCAACUACGAACGAUAUUCCUGGAUGACGGCAUCGCAGAAGAGUUGCAAACUGUACUGCUGGGAAUGCCUUUUAUUUGCGCCUGAGCGUCUUGCCGCUUGGAGCCACGUUGGAUUCUCUAACCUGGGUUGCCUUACCAAGGCUGCAACACGACACCAAAGAACGGCCGGACACCUGCAAGCCACGGUGCUCUUGAAAACGUUUGGGCGGACCCGAGUGGAUUCUCAGAUCAACAAACAAGUUUGCAGGGAAACGAAGCUCCACAACGACAAAGUUAAGAAGAAUAGAGAAAUACUGAAAAGACUGAUCGAUUGUGUCAUAUUUUUGGGUAAACAGGAACUCUCAUUCAGGGGACCUGACGAACAUGAAGACUCUACCAAUAAAGGGAACUAUGUGGAGCUCCUUUCCUUUGUGGCCGAGCACGACAGAGACUUCCACUUUCACCUUUCCACCAACAAAGUGUUUACCGGGACAUCGGGCCAAAUGCAAAACGACCUGAUCAGUGCUGUCGCUGAAGCGAUGGGAGAGGAGAUCCGCCGUGAGAUAAAUCAAGCGCCCUUUGUGGGUGUUAUAGUGGACGAAACCACCGCCGUGAGUAACACAGCACAGCUGGUGCUGGUGCUCCGCUAUGUGACGGAUACCGGCGUCAAGGAAAGGUUCGUCAGAUUUGUGGACGUUACCGGCCACAAGAGAGCCGAUGACGUUGCUGCUCUUCUCGUCCGGUUCCUGGAGGAGCACAAUUGUCUGGACAAAGUCGUGGCUCAGUGUUACGAUGGCACCGCGGUCAUGGGGUCUGGACUUAAUGGAGUGCAGGCUAAGGUCAAAGAGAAGGCUCCUAUGGCUUUAUUCUUGCACUGCUAUGCCCAUCGGCUGAAUGUAGUGCUGACUCAAGGGGUCUCAAAGUUGAGAGAAUGUAAAAUAUUCUUUUCACAUCUCAACGGCCUCGCUGAGUAUCUUUCCAGGUCUCCAAAGCGCACGCAGCUGCUCGAUGACAUCUGCCAGCGGCGUCUUCCUCGUGUGCCACCAACACGGUGGCAAUACAGCUCCAGACUGGUCAACACGGUCUUUGAAAAGAGAGUUGCCCUGCAGGAGCUUUUUGAGCACAUCGUGGAGCACCAUGACGAGUACGACGAGGAGUCGGUGCGCUGUGCCGACGGCUACAAAGCCCAUCUGGAGAACUUUGACUUUUGUUUUCUGCUGUCCACUUUCCACGGAAUCUUUGAGUAUUCAGAUGUGCUUUUUGGAAUGCUACAGAACCAACAACUGGACGUACAGUUCUGUCUGAAAAGAGUGGAUGACUUUUGUGACACUAUUGAGAGAGAAAAGGGACGGUUUGCUGACAUUUUUGAGACCACGGUGCGUGGAACCGGUGCCCCAAGAGUCCGGAGAGGCCAAGCGGAGGGAAACAUUCGUGCGUGGUACCAGGAACUCCACCACGAUAUCUUGGACAACAUUCUUGCCCAGAUACGAAAUCGGUUCAAAGACCACGAGAAAUUAAUGUUUCUCUCCCUCCUCGACCCCCAACAGUUUCCGGCCUAUCGGAAGAAAUUCCCAGAUUCGGCCUUCUCAAACCUCAAACAGAGCCACGGAGCUCUGUUUGAGGAUCUGACACGGCUUAAAACAGAACUGACUGUCAUGUACGCCAUGGCUGGCUUUGAAGGAAGAAGCCCUGCUGAUCUUCUGGCUUUCCUUCAGCAGAACCAUCUGGUGGAGAGCAUGCGUCAACUUUACGGACUGGCAUGUCUGGCGGUGACGAUCCCGAUAUCCACUGCCACUGUGGAGCGGACAUCUUCAGUCCUGAAACGCAUCAAAACUUCUUCCAGAAACACAACUGGGGCUCGACUGUCAUCUCUGGCGUCCAUGGCCAUCGAGAAGGACCUGUUACUGGGACUGAAGCACACCGAUAAACUGUACAGCCGCGUCACUGAACUGUUUAUUAACAUUAACAAAGAGAGGAGGAUGGACUUUGUCUUUAAGUGAACAGCAUUUGAUGUCCAGAAGCUGUUCGUGGUUCAGGUGGAGCUCCAGUCUGGACAUAAAAAAAGAGGACCAGGGGGACUAGGAGGACCCAGAAACCCCCACACAUUAAAGAGGACCCAUAGCCCCCCCCCCCAAGAUGAUGAAGAGGAAGUUCAGUCCUCACAUCUUCAUCAAAAACUAACUGAACAGAUG